AUGGCAGCUAAUGAGAAGUCACGAGGUUUCAUCGAAUUUGGGAAAGCAAUUGUGAAGGCGAGAGGGUGGAGAGGAUUGUAUGCUGGGUGUGGGGUAACUUGCUUGAGAAGCGGGCCUAGUUCAGCUUUGAUAUUUUGGAUCGUGAGUCGCUUGGAGAGUAGAUUUGAUUGA